AAAAAAUCUGUACAGUUGACAACACAAAGAUUUGUGUUACACAUAAUUCUUCAUCUGUACAUAUAAAAUAUAUUAACAAAUCUUAUUUAAUUACAUAAUCGAUGGUUAAAUUGUACAUAAAACAUUUUUGGUAUAUGUGAAUUUUGUAGUAAUAAGGAAGGAUUAUUGGUAACAAAAACUAUUGCAAAAUGAGCGACGUCGAAAGUGAAAAUAAUAAAGAAAAUAAUUAUAAUUCCCAUACUUCAAUGUAUAAAUUGGAUAUAUCUGUUAUUGAUGAAAAUAUAGAAAAAUGCAAUAAAAUUUUUUACGACGCCUUGAUGCGCAAAAAGCGAAAUAUAAGUCGUGACUGGAUGCAAAUGAAUGUUCUUGUGAAUCAGCAUUUACUGGAAACUUUGUCGUUUCGGACAAUGAUACAGAAUCCAAGAGUCGACGACGGAGCUUCUGAUAAACAAGAUAGUUAUCAAUGUCAAGACAUUGAGUUGAAACAAGUAUUAACCCAGAAUUCCGAAAUUGACUAAUUGUUUGAGAAUUCAGAAAUUUAUGGCAUUUGACCAGAUUUAGAAAUUGAACGCAUUUUAAAUGAUGAUAAUACUUGACAAAACUGUUUAAUUUGAUGACCUUGACCAGCUCUUUGAACAAUAGACAGAUAUCAACUAUUUUAUAAUGUGACAAUUGUAUUACGCUUAUUAUUCUAGUCUAUUCAUCCAUUAUGCAUAUAUGUAUGUACAAUUUUAUACACGGACGAAAAUAAAAUUAUAAUUUUAAU